UUCUUUGAUAUUUCCCAUACAACUUUCUGCAAAUUAUCUAUCCCGCAAACGCCAAUAACCCUCACGAUAAACUCUCAAGAUGGUGAGUAAGCUUUGUUGCUUUCUUGUGCGGCGAUGGCCCCAAUGUUGCGAGGCCGUUUCGAUUCUUAUAAAAUCUCUAUGCCAUUUUAGCUUCCCGUUAUUACAUCUGCUAAUAAAUAUUGAUAUGACAGUCUACCGCUCUCAAGUCAAUCAAAUCUCUCGCUCCUCUCCUUGACCGUGUCUUGGUCCAGAGAAUCAAGGCCGAGACCAGAACCGCAGCUGGUAUCUACCUUCCAGAGUCCAGUGUGAAGGAGCUCAAUGAGGCUAGAGUUUUGGCUGUUGGACCAGGAGGUUUAGAUAAGGAUGGAAAGAGAGUUAGCUGUGGUGUCCAGGCUGGUGAUAAAGUUUUGAUUCCUCAGGUAAGCUACAUUGGUUUGUGGUGGACGAGGUGGAGGGCUCAACGAUGUUUGCUUGUGGCUCUUGCAGAUGAAGUGGUGGCUGCAGCAUAGAUCAGGAAGAGCAGAUUUCGGGAGUUGCGGUACAUAUGGAAUGAGCCGUUACUGACAAGAAAUAGUACGGAGGAUCACCAGUUAAGGUCGGAGAAGAAGAAUACACUUUGUUCAGAGACCAUGAGUAAGCUCUACAUCCUCGCACAUUCUUCUGAUUUGGGAAAGUACUGACGAGAGCUACAGUAUCCUUGCAAAAAUUAACGAAUAAAUGCUUUAACGAUAUUACGACUUGACGGAGGGUGUACCAUAGAUGUAUAAAACCGAGCAUAGCGGGCAAAAGGAAAAAAGAUAUCUAGUGAAAGGUGUUGAGAGGACAUGUCGAAGACUGGCCUAAUACUAAGGGGCUCAAGGAAACGUUUUUUUGUAUACCUUGAAUCUCAGCCGGUGGAUUGCUGUGCAUGAAUUUAAAUGAAUCUCUUCUCCUCAAAUAUCAAAGUGUUUCUGGGGUAAAUUUUGAUCGCGAUCCAAGGGAUUGUACUUGCUCCGGAAACUUUAUGUUGUGCUUGUUUCAGAGUUCAGCCUGCGAUACCGUUUCUUUUGCGUUAAUUUACAAGAAGCCGGCGAGAGGGCAACAGAAACCUGGGAGAACUGCAAAGGCGCACAUCAAUUUAGUAUCGCUGUAAAA